CACCAUUAUAUCAUAGAAGAAGAACAAGAAGAGGAAGCUAGCUAGGGAUUAUUGUUGACAUUCUGUCGUACUUUCAUGUCUAACUAACGGAAUUAAAUUAUUGGAAAUUAUUGCGAUUCUAUUGAUAGAUAGUAAAUAAUUCUAAUAUCCAUAUUAGUAGCAUCUUUUUUUUUUUUUAAACAGAUGAAACUUCGGUCUGAUUUAAAGUUCCUGAUUACGCAGGCACGCACUACUAGUGAGGGAGAUGAAAAAUGGCAGAAGCAUCGAAAACAUUGACUUUAUCAGCAUGGAAGUACUCCCAUUACUUCAAUUUGGUAGGACAAAGUGACAAGAAUAUUACUGUAAACUGUGCCCAGUAGGACAGGCUGUAACCCUUGGAGAGCUGAACAAGCUUGUAACUGGGUGUGAGAGCCGCCAGCACUGGGACAGUCCAUCUGUGUGUCAGUCUGUGCAUGUGUGUGUCAGUCGACUGGCACAGCUCGGAAUGCAAGAUGCUGUUCUCCCUGGGGAUGCUGAUGCUGUCCGCCACACAGAUCUACACCAUCUUUACCGUGCAGCUCUUUGCCUUCCUCAACCUGCUGCCCGUCGAGGCCGACAUCUCUGCCUACACAUUUGACAACAAAACGGGAAACUUUGAUGACCUGCCUGCACGGUUUGGGUACCGGUUGCCCAGCGAUGGACUCAAGGGCUUUCUGAUUGGUGCACGGCCCCAAAAUGCCUGCGAACCCAUUGACCCGCCCCCUAUUCGGGACAACCUCACUGGUGCCUUCAUCGUGCUCAUCAAGCGCUUCGACUGCAACUUUGACAUCAAGGUCCUUAACGCCCAGAAGGCCGGGUACAAGGCGGCGAUUGUUCACAACGUGGACUCUGAUGACUUAAUCAGCAUGGGAUCCAAUGAUCUGGAUAUUUUGAAGCAGAUUGACAUUCCAUCAGUGUUUGUGAGCGAAGAGACUGCCGACUCCCUGAAAAAGGACUACGCAUAUGACAAGGGGGGUCAUGUGGUCCUCAUGCCGGACUUCAGCCUGCCUCUGGAAUACUACCUGAUCCCCUUCCUCAUCAUCGUGGGAAUCUGCCUCAUCCUCAUCGUCGUUUUCAUGAUCACCAAGUUUGUCCAGGGCAGACACAGGGCUCGGAGAAGCCGUCUGCGCAAGGACCAGCUGAAGAAACUUCCCAUUCACAAGUACAAUAAAGGGGACGCCUACGAUGUGUGUGCCAUAUGCCUGGAUGAGUACGAGGAGGGAGACAAGCUCCGGGUCCUGCCCUGCUCUCACGCUUACCACAACAAGUGUGUGGACCCCUGGCUGACCAAGACCAGGAAGACGUGUCCUGUGUGCAAGCAGAAGGUGGUCCCCUCUGCGGGCGACUCAGACUCCGAUUCGGAGGAGGGCGACAGCGGGCCCGAUGAGAACGAGGUGUCAGAGAGCACCCCGCUGCUGCGCUCCAUGGCCUCCACCAGCGGCCACUCUUUUGGCACCAUGUCGGGCGCCUCACGUUCCGAGCCCGAUCAGGAGUCCUCCGAGUAUGAAGACGACCACCUGGACACCAGCGACGACAGCGAGGUCACCGUGGAGACAGUGGUGCAGCUGCAGGAGCCUCGUCCUGACGACCACGACCCGGUCCGCGCCUGAUUGGUUGGCCUGAGUUGACAGACAGGUGGCCGGUCCCCCGCCCCUCUCUCCCACUCACCCUGUGGGGUUGCAGAGACUCACGCUGGUGGCGUGGUCAAGAGGAUUUGUUUCAUUUUUACAUCUCUGUUUAAUAGAAAUCUAUUUUAUCUCCCUCCAAGUUUAGAAUGCAAAUCACCUUAAUUCUCCAUUUGUUGUAUUUUUAACCUGAUUACUGAAGGGUGGGACAAUGUGCAGAUGGUGUCGUCAUGUGUUUUGGGCUAAACGGCGUCGAUUUCACAGGAAUGUUGCCGUACAGUAGACUGUAUUUUACUCUGGUUUGUCAGUAUGGGGUGGUUUUCUGCAGACAUCCUCCGACUAGGGUUAUACUCUAUUCACUGUGAGAAAGGGCUCAAUGCUCUCGUGUGCACGAGCAUACUUGACACCAACUGUGAAGGAAUGCAUUGAGUAUAUAAACAAUGUAUAGAUCACCAUAAUUAACAUUGAUUAUUUUGUAGCCUGUAUAUCUGUAGUCUGGGGAAGCAAAAAAAUAUGUUAUAUUGUAUAUAUUUCUGCUGUAUAGAAAUAUCUAAAUCAAAGUACUAUACAGCAGCCUUUUAUAAAAUCGAUUGAACUGACCUUUUCCAUGUGAAUAUAUAAAAACAAUUGGCCAUGGGAACUGGGUUUUGACAAUCGGUCUCUACCCUGAGAUCCGGGAGCCAGUCGCUCAUCUCAGAGUAUGAUUUUGAUGAUAUGACUGAUAUGUUACGUUGACCUACACAGACAAAAUUAAGCCAAACCGGUUAUGCAUUCAGCCAAAGGAAGAUAGGUUUGCUGUGUGUUUGCCCAAUGUUAUGGGUAACCUCUCAGCAGUCGUGUAAUACAAGCAGAGGGGGUGGGGAGAAACAGUUUUGUUCAGGUAGUACCCGCAUCUACACUGCUACAAGCAGCCUGCUGUAGACUUCAUUUGGCUAAUCUAGACCCAUCACAUGCCACUUCUCUGAAAUGCAUGAUGCCAUUGGUGGAUAGGUCUUGCAACAUGUAUUUGGUUUCACGUCAUAUUGUAUGUACGUAGGACGUUCUACAAGUAAAAAUAGUUUUUUUAAUAUGACUUGAACUGUUCUAUGUUGAGUCCUGUUGCCUUUUUAUUUGAUGUCUUGUAAACAUCCUAUGCUCACACAUGCCUGUAUUCAAUUUAAUUCCACUUCAAUAAAGACACUGUUUGUCAACAGAA